AAUGCGGAGGUAUUGCAACAGGUGGAGAAAGGCUAUCGGAUGACCUGUCCGGCAGGAUGUCCAUCAGCGCUCUACGAUAUAAUGCUACAGUGUUGGCACAAAGAGCCCGAGAAAAGGCCUACGUUCGAGACAUUGCAAUGGAAGCUGGAGGACCUGUUCGCGGCCGAUCCAACCGAAUACAAAGAAGCUGCCAUGGCCUACUAA